UACAUAUAUAUAUAGUGAUUGAACUUGUUCUUUCUUGCUUCUGCUAUAUAAAUAUAUAUAUAUGGCUUCCAUUACCACCCUCACUGAGAUAGCCGCCGAGAAGUCCCUGAGGUCUGGCUUCAUUCGGGACGAAGAUGAGCGUCCGAAAGUUGCUUACGACCAAUUCAGCGAUGAAGUUCCGGUGAUUUCGCUGGCUGGGAUAGAUGACGUUGGUGGCCGUCGAGCUGCGAUAUGUACGCAGAUUGUGAAGGCUUGCGAAGAAUGGGGCAUUUUCCAAGUUGUCGAUCAUGGCGUCGACACCGAACUCGUUUCGGAAAUGACUCGCCUCGCCAGAGAGUUCUUUGCCUUGCCGCCAGAAGAGAAGCUUCGCUAUGACAUGUCUGGGGGCAAAAAAGGCGGCUUCAUAGUUUCCAGUCAUCUGAAGGGAGAGACGGUGCAGGACUGGAGAGAAGUGUUCAUAUAUUUUACAUAUCCAAAGGGAAGCAGAGACUAUUCGAGGUGGCCGGAAGGAUGGCGAAGGGCGACAGAGGAAUACAGCGAGAAGCUGAUGGGUCUGGCAAGCAAGCUGCUCGAGGUGUUGUCAGAAGCAAUGGGAUUAGAGAAGGAGGCUCUGACAAAGGCAUGCCUGGAAAUGGACCAGAAGCUAGUGGUCAAUUUCUACCCAAAAUGCCCCCAGCCUGAUCUCACGCUCGGACUCAAGCGUCACACCGAUGCAGGCACCAUCACCCUCUUGCUUCAAGACCUCGUCGGCGGCCUUCAGGCGACCAGGGAUAAUGGCAACACCUGGAUCACUGUUAAGCCUGUCCCUGGAGCCUUCGUCGUCAACCUCGGCGAUCAUGCCCAUUACCUGAGUAAUGGGAGGUUCAAGAAUGCGGAUCACCGAGCAGUGGUGAACUCGAAGUGCAGCAGAUUGUCGAUAGCAACAUUCCAAAAUCCAUCCCCAGAAGCAAUCGUAUACCCACUGAAGCUCGGAGAGGAACAAGAAUCUCUGCUUGAGGAACCAAUCACCUUUGCUGAGAUGUACCGGAGAAAAAUGGCCAAGGACCUCGAGUAUGCCCGUCUUAAGAAGCUGUCCAAAGAGUCCAAUGCCCAGCGCGAAACCAUCGACUUUCAGAACAAAUCAUUGGAUCAGAUUCUGGCUUAAUUAUUCCCCCCCUAGAAUUUGAACUUCUCAUGUCUUCUUCCUUUUCUCUCAAAAUAAAUACUUGGGAGGUUCAUCAGUGUUCCUCAGUCACUUGGUAUGUAAUCCCUAAAAUCAUGUACACAUCGAAAUCAAUAUAUGAAUAAAAUUUUGGGACUGUCCUUAAUUAAUUA